AUGGUUAUGUUCGGUGUAAUUAUACCAGGCCUUGGUCUAGUGGUUUUAGAGAAAAUGCCGAUUAUGUACAAUACUGGCGAUUGGUUCGUACUACGGCCAACAACAUAUAGAAAAUUUGAUUUAUAUCCACCGGAAUGGCCACUAGAUCUGGAUUUGGAAUAUAUGACUGUUGCAUGUGCACCAUAUGGUGGUCCGGUUGCUGUCACCCGCGAUCCCAAUAAGAUUGUACCGGUUAAGGGCACAGCAAAGCCUGUAAUACGUAUUUUUGAUACUGCCGGACAGGAGCUGGGAAAGAUAUGGUGGAAUCAUGGUCGUCUCAUUUCCAUGGGUUGGUCGGAUACCGAAGAAUUGAUAUGUGUACAGGAAGAUGCUUUGGUAUUCAUAUACGAUAUGUUUGGCAAUGAAAAGGAAUCCUAUUGUAUUGGUCAGGAAGCCAGUGAGACAAAAAUAUUGGAUGCAAAAAUAUUUCAAUCUUCAGCGGGCACUGGUAUUGCAGUUAUGACCACAAAACACCGAAUAUUUCUAAAGCACACAAGCAGUAAGGAUUUUCGAUCUAGACUGUUACCGGAAAUACCAAAAUCCCUUACAAAUUGCACAUGUUGGGAAAUUGUUACCGAAGAUCGUAACAGCUAUUGUCUGUUGGGACGUGAACGUGAAGUUAUAAAACUAUUUCCCGGCGAAUCGGUGGGCUCUGUUAUACGCAACCUGUUCGAUAAACCAUUUGAACGUAUCAUCCUAAUGUCUGUCUCCUAUAAUCAUCAAAAUUUGGCCCUCUACACCAAUAAUGGUAUCGUAUGGAUGGGUAGCAUUGAUAUGAAACAAAAAUAUUGUGAAUUUGAUACGGGACGUAAAGAUAUACCCAAGCAAAUAGAAUGGAUAAUGAAUGUCGAUAAUGAUCAGUCGGAGGCAAUUGUUAUUGCAUAUCCUUCAUUUUUGCUUGUGGUCAAUCGUAAUGGCGAUAAAAAUCUUUUCACAUAUGAUCCAGCUAUAUUUUUAGUUGCCGAAAUGGAUGGUGUACGCAUUCUGACAAAUACAACACAUGAAAUGAUACAAAAACUUCCGAAAUGUGUACAAAAUAUUUUCGCCAUUAACAGUCAAGAGCCAUCGAGUUUUCUCUUUGAAGCCCAAAAGAAAUAUCAAGAGAGAUCACAUCAAGCCGAUGAAUAUUUGAGUUUAUUCCGUGAUCGUAUGCAGGUGGCUGUGGAUGAGUGUAUUGAGGCGGCGGGAUAUGAAUUUUGCACCACGACUCAAAAGAGUUUAAUGAAGACUGCCUAUUUUGGAAAAGGUUUUAUUCCAUCUCACAAUCCUGAUGAGUAUAUUAGAAUGCUAAGAAUUUUACGUGUUCUAAAUGCAUUGAGACAUCCACGCAUCGCUGUACCAUUAACAAUAAAACAAUUUCUAUAUUUAAAACCUGAAAUAAUAUUGGCCCGUUUGGUCUUUCGAAAACAUUAUGCCAUUGCCAUACAAGUGGCAAAACAUUUGAAAUUACCCGAAUCGUGGAUUUUAGAACAUUGGGCCUAUCACAAAGUAAUGAAUGAUAAAAACGACAUUGAGGUUGCACGUAAAAUAACGGAGAAAUUUAAAAAUCCUUCUGUGGAGGGCAUCUCAUUUUGUAAUAUUGCCGAAAAGGCACAUGCCGCUGGACGUGAUGAAUUAGCCAUAAAGUUAUUAGAACUAGAACCCCGCACGUCGUUGCAAGUUCCACUAUUACUGAAAUUGGGUAAAUACAAUCGUGCCGUACAAAGUGCCACACAAUCUGGUGAUACGGAACUGGUGGCCACGGUAUUGUUGGAAAUCAAAAAGAAAAUGAUGUUAACUAAUUUUCAUAUGAUCAUUCGUGAAUAUCCAAUGGCAUUGAAUAUCUACAAAAAGAUAAUGAAUGAAUGGAGCCGUACGGCAUUAUAUGAUAUUUACAAUACAGAAGAUGAUCACAAAUCAAUUGCCGAAUAUCAUUUUCGUAAUGCGCUGGAGAGUAAUAGUUUAGAAUCGAAUCUCUCCACAAUUGCAAAUAGUUAUACCCAAGGUAGACGUAAUAUCGAAGCUGAACUAUGUUCGGAUACCAGUAAACUAAUGAAAUUACAAAAGACAUUAAAUAACAAAUAUUCCAGUAUUUAUGGUAAUGUAACAUUUCUUGGUUUAUCCAUACACGAAACAAUAGAAAAACUAUUAGAUUUGGGUGAAUUUAAAGAGGCCGAAAAAAUAAAGAAUGAUUUUAAAGUACCCGAUAGAAGAUUUUGGUGGCUGCGCAUUUUAAACCUAUCGAGUAAAUAUAAAUGGGAUGAGCUGGAGAAAUUUGCCAAAGGUAAGAAAAGUCCCAUUGGUUAUGAACCAUUUGUUGAAGUUUGUCUGAAACAAAAUAACCUAACUGAAGCACGAAAAUAUAUACUCAAAUGUAGAGAUGAUCGUAAGACUCAUUGGUAUAUUAGAGCGGAGUUAUAUGAAGAAGCUGUUGAUACGGCAUUUGAACAACGUGAUAUAAAUUCGUUAUAUGUUAUUCAACAAAAAGCCAAUUCUCUGGGUAAUCGCCAAUUACUGGAUAAAAUUAUUACCUAUAUUGCAAUGUUAUCGUCAAAGAAAUAA